AUGGGUCAACCGCUAAUAACGAUGUCUGCACAUGGGUCUCCUCCGGAAAUCAAUUCUUGCAAGCAAUUUCUGAUGGGCGCGAGUUUGUGGAGUUCAAAGGUCCUCCCCCAUCCCGCACAGUCUGUAUAUCAACACGACUGGAAAAUGUUAAAAGCUGCGGCUUUCGUGCUAAUUUUGAGCUCAACGCAAACCUUUUUGACAUGGAGCCACGACGCUGGCCCAAGAGGGGCAUUGCCUUUAAUUGAUGAAGCUCCUGUGUGGAUUGGCUCGGACUUCGACUAUUUGAUGUUGACACGGAUUUAUCCGACAGCUGUUUGUCGUGCAGAUGAUGAUUCAGUACCUGAAUCGUGCGAAAUUCCUGCCGAAACCGCUGACUGGUCAAUUCACGGUUUAUGGCCAAACUACAGCAACGGCAGCUAUCCGCAGUUUUGCGACGGUGUUCCAAGGAAAUUCGAUGCCAAACUAAUUGAAUCAAUCGAACAACGUUUGACGAAAAUGUGGCCAAACCUGUAUCCAGCCAAGACCACCCAUUCAUUCUGGAAACACGAAUGGGAGAAACAUGGAACAUGUUCUCAGAACCUCAAAAAUCUCUCCUCUGAGUUUUUGUAUUUUUUCAAAACGAUGGAAUUGAAUUCCCAGUUCUCCGUAGGAGCAGCUCUGAGGAUGGCGAAUAUAGUCCCCAGAGGUGAGCCAUAUCCAUUGGAAGAGAUCAAGGAAGCACUAAGAACUGGACUCUCUUUUGGGAAAAACGUACAGAUAAACUGUCUCAGAGACAAAAAGACAAAACAGACGCUUUUGGGUGAUGUUCGGAUGUGCCUUGACAAGCUUUUCCUACCUGUUGAUUGUCCGCGCAGCAAAAGCAUGCAGCCGUUGACUUAUAUACUCGGUCAUCCACCACCACUUCCGAGCUUUAAGGAAUGUCCUUCGACAGUGGUGUACCUCUCCGACUCCUCUUCAAGGGUUCUAAACGUAGCAGGCCUAGAGCACAGAGAAUUUGCCUUCUGGAUUAAUCCGCUUAUUCCUAUCUAUGUGGAGACAGCAGUUGGAGUCGAUGUAGGCCCUUGUUGCAUACUACGGGUGUCAACCCUCCACAACGAUUUACCGCCUCAUAGUGGCGUGGAGGUGACACUGGGCGUCGAACUGCGAUGCACAGCGGAGGUUGGGCGACGACCUGUGGUGAAAGCUAAGCUCGCCGCGACAUGGCUGCUUAGUUUGGGGAAAAGUCUCUUUGCCACUCCAGCAUAUUCACUGCCUCAGUACCCUGCACACUGGGCCCUGCCACCUCAGACGUCGGACGGUAUGGCGACCGGUGAGAGGCGGUCAAAUCUCAGGUUGCUCAGGACGUCACUGAUUCUGGACCAAGGCGACACACGCACGACUCGCUAUGGAGACUGUCUCAGACUGUGUACUUACAACGCGGGAACAGUUUCCACAGACGCUGACCUGCAUGCCUUUCUCGGAGCUGCAGAGCGUAUCAAAUUUCACGUGAUUACUCUGCAGGAGACCAAGUGCAGAAGGAGCGACGUACGACAGAUGAAUGACGGUACACUCGUCAUUCGUGGAGAGAAGGUCCCGUCGCGAAAUGUAGGCGGUGUUGGUUUUGUUGUGCACCCAUCUGUCGUCCAUCUCGUCGAUUCUCACGAGAUCCUGUCACCUCGUCUGGCCAUUCUUCGCCUCCGCCCUCUGCGCCAAAAAUCCAUCAGUAUCAUCAACUGCUACUCACCAACAUCAGCAGCUGAUGAAUCCGAAUUGGAAGCGUUUUACGAGGAGCUGGAGGAAGUAGUCCGCAACGAGAAGUCCUUCUACAAAUUCGUUGUCGGAGACUUCAACGCAAAACUAGGAAAGGCCACAGAAGAGGAAUACAGGAUUGGAAGAUUUGGACUAAGAGACCGGAAUGAAAAUGGCAAUCGUCUCGCUGGGCUGUUGUCCGCCGCUCGCCUCUUUCAUGGGAACUCUCUUUUCAUGAAAAAAGAUCAUCGUCGGUGGACAUGGGAAUCGCCCAAUGGCGCGACUCGUGCGGAGAUCGACCACAUACUCACCAACCGGAAGUGGAGAAAAGAAGUCGUCUACGACGAUUGCGUACUCAAGGACUCCUUGUCCCAAGGUGACUGGCACAUUAAAGAGGAUCCAAACGUGGACUACGAGAUGCUGCUCAGAGGAUUACGAGCCUGUGCUGAACGUGCCUCGAAGCCCCGCACGACAAACUUGGAUCAAAUUUCGAAGACCACUAAGGAAUUGUUGGAAAGAAGAAGGGCUUUGAGGCUUGAUCCGAAUGCGUCGCACAUUGAGCGGUUAGUAGCAAACACUAGCUGCAGAAAAGCGUUGCAGGAGGAUCUUAUGAAGUACAGGCAGAAGAAGAUUCUGAAAGCAGCACAAAGAAGAACAAGUCUGAAGAAGUGCCGCAGGGAUCUCCGCGAAUAUAAUAUUCCGCUAGCAACCUUGCUGAGCGAAGACGGGACUCGCACGUCUUCUUGUCGUGAGAUGAAAAUCAUAACGGAGAGGUUCUACUCGAACCUUUUCCGUCCAUCAACUCCUAUGUCAAGCCUGAUCAUCCCCACUGGCGAAGCUCCACCACGGAUUCUCUCUUCGGAAGUACGAGUCGCUAUCAAGAGCAUGAAACCUGGCACAGCCCCCGGACCUGAUUUUAUAUCAGCAGACUUUCUUCGGGCUGGUGGUCAUCCGCUUCAUGUAAUCUUAGCAGCGCACAUGACAUCCUACCUUCAGAAAGAAAGAAUCCCAGACUAG